CCACCACUCAGGUCUCUUCAGUGUACGUCAUCACGUCAGCGCGUACCGGUGACCGUCACCGUUGGGCAACAUGGCGGCGCACAGGCUCUCUCCAUCACUCAACAGACUGCUGACAUCUGUAAAGUAUGCGUCAUUCCGGAGCAGAUGCUGUGCUCUGCACUGUAACGCUCAGUAUUCCACCGUCUCCAGUCCCAAUGAAAAGACCUUUGAUAAGAUCCUCAUUGCCAACAGAGGAGAGAUUGCCUGCAGGGUAAUGAAGACCUGUCACAAGAUGGGCAUCCGGACUGUAGCUGUUCAUAGUGAUGUCGACUCCAGUGCUGUUCAUGUAAAGAUGGCCGAUGAAGCAGUGUGUGUUGGCCCCGCCCCUACCAGUAAGAGCUACUUGAACAUGGACGCCAUCAUGGAUGCCAUUAGAGUGACUGGAGCACAAGCUGUUCAUCCUGGCUACGGGUUUCUCUCCGAAAACAAAGAGUUUGCAAAGCGGCUGGCAGCAGAGGGCGUGGAAUUCAUUGGCCCAGACACUCAUGCAAUCCAGGCCAUGGGAGAUAAAAUUGAGAGCAAACUGCUCGCUAAGGCUGCGAAGGUCAACGUCAUCCCAGGGUACGAUGGAGUCGUCAAGACUGCUGAGGAAGCUGUGAAGAUCUCACAGGACAUUGGCUAUCCAGUGAUGAUCAAAGCCUCUGCAGGAGGUGGCGGGAAAGGAAUGAGGAUCGCUUGGAAUGAUGAGGAGACUAGGGAAGGCUUCCGGUUCUCGUCCCAGGAGGCAGCAUCCAGCUUCGGAGAUGACCGGCUGCUCAUUGAGAAGUUCAUAGACAACCCCAGACACAUUGAGAUACAGGUGCUGGCUGACAAACAUGGUAAUGCUUUGUGGUUAAAUGAGAGGGAGUGCUCCAUUCAGAGGAGGAACCAGAAGGUGGUGGAAGAAGCUCCCAGUACCUUCCUGGACCCGGAGACACGGCGGGCGAUGGGUGAGCAGGCUGUGCAGCUGGCCAAGGCUGUGCAGUACUCCUCUGCUGGCACCGUGGAGUUCCUGGUGGAUUCGAAGAAGAACUUCUACUUCCUGGAGAUGAACACACGAUUACAGGUGGAGCAUCCAAUUACAGAGUGUAUUACUGGCCUGGACCUGGUUGAGCAGAUGAUCAGGGUUGCCAAGGGUUACCAACUGCAGCACAAACAGAAAGACAUCCCAAUAAACGGCUGGGCCAUUGAGAGUCGAGUCUACGCCGAGGAUCCUUACAAGUCUUUCGGUCUUCCCUCCAUCGGACGGCUAUCUCAAUACCAAGAGCCACUCAACCUCAGCAAUGUCCGUGUAGACAGUGGAAUCCAGGAAGGAAGUGACAUCAGUAUCUACUAUGAUCCCAUGAUCUCUAAGUUGGUUACUUAUGGAGCUACACGGGCAGAAGCUCUUGCCAGAAUGGAGGACGCUUUGGAUAACUAUGUUAUCAGAGGUGUGACCCACAACAUUCCCCUCCUGCGGGAAAUCAUCACCCACCCCCGAUUUAUCUCUGGGGACAUCAGCACCAGCUUCCUGCCGGAGGUUUACCCCGAUGGCUUCAAGGGUCACCAGCUGGAGGCCGACCAACGCAGGGAGCUGAUGGCCACGGCAGCAGCGCUCUACAUCACGGCUCAACUCCGUUCCCAGAGGCUCAUGGGUAACCUGAGGGUGUCUUCCUCUUCUAUGGACUGUAGCCACUGGGAGCUUUGUGUGGAGCUGGAGGAAGGACGCCAUAAUGUGGAUGUGACCAAAUCAGGAGACGUCUAUACUGUGGAGGUGGAUGGAGAAAGGGUGGAAGUCAAUGGACAGUGGAACCUGGCCUCCCCUCUGCUACCUCUCACCAUCAACGGCACACCCAGGAUGCUACAGUGUCUGUCUAGAGAUGCUUCAGGAAAGAUUGUCCUACAGUACCUGGGCACGUCGUUUAAGGUGCGCGUCCUGUCCAAGUUGGCUGCACACUUAAACUCCUUCAUGCCAGAAAAGGUUCCAGAAGACACCAGCAGCCUGCUGCGUUCCCCGAUGCCAGGCUCCGUGGUGGCUGUGUCCGUCAAGCCUGGAGAUACGGUUGCAGAGGGUCAGGAGAUCUGCGUGAUCGAAGCUAUGAAGAUGCAGAACAGUUUGACUGCUGCCAGGCCAGCAAAGGUUAAAAGUGUCCACUGUAAGCCAGGGGAGACUGUUGGAGAGGGAGACCUGCUAGUAGAGCUUGAAUAAACGCGACCUUUGACGUGCCUUGUGUGUCCACGAGGCCCAAUUCUCGUCUCCCUGAUGGAGACUCAGUGUGUCUGUUAGUGUCUCCUCAUGUCUCACUCGUUCCUGUUGCUUGUUUAGUCGCAGCUUUUAUGAAACAACACUUUUUGUAACCUUUUUAGUUAAAUCCCCACAUGUUUCCUUACAGCUGGAAUGGGAUUGAACUACGUAGGAAAUGUCUGCAGCCGCACCAAUACACUCAAUGUGGACCUUUUGUUUAUAGGCUGCCGGUCAUUUUUUCUUGAUCACUUAAAGGAAAGUUUCAUCUUAAUGGCGGCAGAGAUAUCUUCAAACUUCUUUGGGCAUCACACAAUGCUGUAAUCGAGUUGGACUGACUUUGAAAAAUCAUUGCAAGCAAUAAAAUGCUUAUUUUCCAUCA